CUUAAGCUUUUUCGUGUUUGUCUGAUGUGAAGCUCAUACAUCAAGUGGGUCAAAAGAGGGGGAGGCUGACAAUGGACGAGGAGGACGAACAACCAACAAAGAAGGUCAGAUUGGGAAUGCCAGCAACACAAUGGAUCAGCAUUUACAGUGCACACAGACCUAUGAAACAACGAUAUCAUUAUAAUGUCGCUGAUGAAAGGCUUGCACAACACAUUGAAAAGGGAAAUGAGGAUGGUUUAUUUAUCAGCAGUGUAGCUUCUUGCGCAAAUCUCUGGGCCUUGAUCAUGGAUGCAGGAACUGGCUUUACGGAUCAAGUUUACCAGCUAUCACCGAGCUUUCUCCACAAGGAAUGGAUUAUGGAACAGUGGGAAAAGAAUUACUACAUUACAGCAGUAGCAGGAGCAAGUAACGGGAGCUCAUUUGUGGUUAUGUCGAAGGGGACUCAGUAUUUACAGCAAUCCUACAAAGUCAGCGAUUCUUUUCCCUUCAAGUGGAUAAAUAAAAAGUGGAGAGAAGGAUUUUAUGUUACAUCUAUGGCAACUGCUGGAAGCAAAUGGGGGAUUGUAAUGUCGCGUGGAGCUUGUUUUUCUGACCAGGUUGUGGAACUAGAUUUUCUAUACCCUAGCGAAGGUAUACAUCGUCGGUGGGAAAAUGGCUACCGAAUUACAUCAGUUGCUGCAACAUGGGAUCAGGCUGCCUUUGUUCUUAGUGUGCCAAGAAGAAAGCUUACUGAUGAGACACAGGAGACUCUUAGAACCUCAGCUUUUCCUAGUAAUCAUGUCAAGGAAAAAUGGGGCAAGAAUCUUUACAUAGCAUCUAUUUGUUAUGGUCGAACUGUCUCAUGAAGUUCUUCUAAUUUCUGUUAGGAUGCAACUCAUUUAGCUUUUACCAUACAUCCGCUCAGUGAGAAAAAAACAUCUGUUGUGAUCAGUGAUGCUGUGGCUUAGGGAAAUCUUUUAGGAAGAUUGAAUGAACGAUGGACGCCAGACUCUUCUUCACUAGUGCUGUAUUGUAGUGUAUCAACUGCAAAAUUGUCCUUUUUUCAACUUGGAUGACCUGUUUAAGGAAAUAUGUUUAACUUUCUUAGAUAAAAAAAAGGGUAGUCUGGUCUUAUAUUUUUGCAAGAUCAUGUUGAUAUUAUGUGGCAGUGGCUGUAAUGAAGAAGGAAAUGGAUGUUUUUGAUAUUUAUUAUACCUGUCUUGAGAGUUUUGUCU